CAAGUCCUGGGGAUGGAACCUCUGCCUUGCAUCCAAUGGAGCCCUGCAGCUUUGGACAGGCCUCAGGUGGAAGGGAGCAGGGGGUGGGCACGCAGGCAGGACUGAGUUUCCACAGUGGUGGUGCUCCUCCUCUUGCUCCCCUUCCUUCCUCCCUUCUUUCCUGUGGUCAGAGGGAGGCCCCUUCUUGCAAGGGGAGGGCCCUGGGGCUGGCACAGGAGCUCCCCAUCACUUGACCAAGAGAGCCAGAAGCACAUGACAAGCAGCUGAGAGUCAUUCGGGGUUUCUCUCUGCUUGCCUGUUUGCCUGCCUGGUCUGGGGUUUGGGACCCACCGCUGGGCCCCCUCCCACCAAGAAGCAGGGCUGAUGGACCGGACCCUGACCCAGAGACCCAUCGCCGCCGUUGUCUUCCUCCGACCCUUCAUCUUCCUCCUGUAGAUCCAACCUUCAGUCCAUCCGUCCUUCCUUCCUUCCUUCCUCCCGCAGGCUGCCGCUGACGUUCUCACUAUGUCUGAUGGGGACUACGAUUACCUCAUCAAAUUCCUAGCCCUGGGGGACUCGGGCGUCGGGAAGACCAGCUUCCUCUACCAGUACACCGAUGGCAAGUUCAACUCCAAAUUCAUUACGACGGUGGGCAUCGACUUCCGAGAGAAGAGGGUGGUGUACCGCUCCAAUGGGCCGGAUGGAGUGAGUGGCCGUGGGCAGAGGAUACACCUGCAGCUGUGGGACACGGCUGGGCAAGAAAGGUUCCGCAGCUUGACCACAGCCUUCUUCAGGGACGCCAUGGGCUUCCUCCUCCUCUUUGACUUGACCAACGAGCAAAGCUUCCUCAAUAUCCGGAACUGGAUGACCCAGCUGCAAACACAUGCCUAUUGCGAGAACCCAGACGUGGUCCUGUGUGGGAACAAAAGCGACCAGGAGGAGCAGCGGGCCGUGAAGGAUGAGGACGCCAAGGCCCUGGCCGAAAAAUACGGGAUCCCGUACUUCGAGACCAGCGCGGCCAGUGGGGCCAACAUCGGCAAGGCCAUCGAGACGCUGUUGGACCUCAUCAUGAAGCGCAUGGAGCGGUGCGUGGACAAGUCCUGGAUCCCGGAGGGGGUGGUGCAGUCCAAUGGGCACGGCUCCCCGGAGCGCCUGGGCCAAGAGCCGGAGAAGAACAAGUGCGGCUGCUGAGCGGCCCACUGGGGCCGGAUCCAGGGCUCCGUCCGACCCCUUUGCUGGACGCUCCUGCCUGCCCUGCGCAUAGAAGAAGUAGCCUUUGUGAGAAGCCUUGGAGCCUGCUUUCGAACGAUGCCAACUGGGGCUUGGCUUCCGUUCCCUUUUCUUCGUAUUCAGCGGGAAGGGUUGUCCCAAAGCUUGCCUGCUUGUUUCUGAGCAGAAAGUCCCCAAAUCCUCCGGUAAAGCCCCAGAAUUUAUCACUAAAUGGGCAGGUUGAGAGUGAGAGGGGGUACAGCCCUUUUGGUCCCUCGACCUGAGCGCUCAGCAUCAUAAUCUGGAUCAGAGAGAGAUUUGGGUUCAUACCAAGUGCCAAAGUAAAAGUAAUAGCAUCCCUUUUAAAAAUACACACACACACACACACAAAGAUAGCCCACAGAGGAGCCCGCUUUCUUAUCUUGGCAGGAACAGAUUUGGAGGGCUGGCCAAUGCUUCCCACUCAAUGCCUUUGGAGAAAACGUACCUUAGUUCACAGCUGGAUCGGAAUGCCUUGGCUUUCCCUUUGCCCUCUUGGUUCAAUGGCUGCGGGCUUCCCUUGUCGAGGAUCCGUGCCCUCAAAACUCCUAGUAGAUUAAAAUACAAUCGAUAUUUUGGCCAAAGCUGUUGGGUACAACUCAAGCUGAGGUACAACUCAGCCUUUUUAUAGUAGAGGUUUCUAACAUUUCUAAACCAGCUCCCUCUUUCCAUCUAAGUCAUAAAAGUACUGUCUCUUGAACCAUUUCCCCACUUUUAUCUCCAUAAUUUCUUAACUGUGCUGCUAUUUUGACAGGCAGAUAAUUUCAGCUUUCUUUUCAACUUCUCCAAUUCUGUCUUCGCCGUCUCUGGCUUUCUCAAUAACGUCCCAUCCUUUCCACCAUCACUCUCUCCAGCAGCACCGGCUGCACCCGAACGGACGGAGGCGGGAGCCACAGAGGGCACAGUGAAGGGCUCGCUUUGCCAUCAACGACAUAGAAAUUCCCUCCUGGCGAAGAAUGCUGUGGGGCUUCCGAACACGAUCCGGUCCCCGGAGAGGAAGGGGAGUCGGGAGAAGGCCCAUUUGCGGCAAUGAGCCCUUUGUGAUGUACUGUGGACCUUUUCUAGCCAUCCAGUCACUCACAAGGCGUUCCCAGAAAUAAACCCUCUAGUUCAGUGGUUCUCAACCUUCCUCAUGCCGCGUGUUGUGGUGACCCCCAACCAUCAAAUUAUUUUCGUUGCUACUUCAUAAUUGUAAUUUUGCUACUGUUACGAAUCAUAAUGUAAAUAUCUGAUCUGCAGGAUGUAUUUUCAUUCACUGGACUAAACUUGGCACAAAUACCCAAA